UUAUUCUCGGAUUGGCCAUACUGACGAUAAUCGGCAAUGUUUGUUGGUGUCUGGUGUUUGCAAUCACCCGGUGAUAGCAGUGCGCGCGAUGCCACGCGAUUCGCGUGUGUGCGUGUAUAACACGCGGAUAUAUAUAUCGGAAAGCGUCAUAUAAAUAAACGGCGAGUUUGCGAACGGUAGCAUUCGCAUUCGCGGAUCCUGCUCGCAUUUGCUUGAUUUGUCAACGAUUUGAGCGGCCAUCGCUUCCAUUGUUUUCCCGGUGUCCUUCAACUGAAGAGAUGUCAUCGCCUACACAAGUGAUAAAAAGUAUUGGGCCGAAAUUAGUACCGUUUUUUAAAAGCGUGUCAGUAUAUUUUGUAUUACUUGCUGAACAGCCAUCUCUGCUGACAGCAUGUUUUAAAUGUUUACCAAUAAUAAGUCUUAUUGUUUUCAUCCUAUUGCACGGAAUUAAUUUGUCCAAAGAAUAUGCUUUCUCCAGGCGUAUAUUAACGGGGUUGGUGUUCAGUUGCAUAGGCGAUGCAUUAUUAGUGUGGCCUAAUUGUUUCACUGCAGGCAUGUGUAUGUUUGCUGUCGCGCAAAUUAUGUAUAUAAUUGCAUUCGGAUUCAAACCCUUGAAUUUAACACUUGGAGCGAUACUGUAUACAUCUUGUUCAAUUGUCAUAUACGCUUUAAUGCCUGGACUAAACGGAGUUUUAGCAAUAGGAGUGCCAAUUUAUACAAUAUUACUCAUUACUAUGGCAUGGCGAGCAAUAUCUAGAGUACAAUUCUUUGGGGAGUUAUGGACAUGGACUAAAUUGUGCAGUUGCAUUGGAAGCAUUUGUUUUGUCAUAUCUGAUACUUUGCUCGGAUUUCAUUAUUUCCAUAGUCCAUUACCUUACUCUCAGGUAUCUAUCAUGCUUACAUAUUACGCAGCGCAAUUAGGCAUAGCAUUGAGCGCAGUAGAUUCGAAAAACAACAGUAAUAACAGAGUACCUGUCAGUAAAGGCUGAAAUUUUCUUAGUUAUUAUUUAUUGGUAAGAGAGAAAGAAAAGAAAAUUCGGCAGAUACAAGAGAAAUCUUUUUACACAUCUGCUUUAAAUUAUGUGUAUAAUUCCAGUAGUAAAUUGUUGUGAUAAUCUUCUUUGACAUAUUGAAUACUUCAGAGCCAUAUUAUUAAAGGAAGCUCAGAGGAGUUUUAGUGAUAAUUGCAUCUUUGACUUUAAGAAUAGACUUGUAUUUCUCUCUUUUUUUUCUUAUUGAUGGAAUGUAAAGAAGUGUCCUAUAAAGAUUUCAUACUAGCCACAUUUGUGGUAUCCUAUUUUUUAUAUGUAAAAUAAAUAAAAUUUAAAAAAUCAUUAAUAUUAAGACCAAAUAGAACAACAAAAGAAGUUAGUUAGAGGAAAGAACAUAGAGAAAAAAUUCUUUACAGAAAAAAAUAUAUUUUGUUUUUACUAAAAUAGCAAAAAUAUUUUAUAAUAUUGCCUCUAAAGACUGAGGAGAUUUUCAGACAUAAGAAAAUAGAUUAUUUAUAUUAAGAGUUUAUUUAUGCAUUUAAAAAUUAUGGCAAAUUAUAAUUAUUUUUCUCGUAUAUAUAUACUUGGCCAAAAUGCAAUAGUUUACUUACGAUGUAUCAUGAGAAUGGUGAAUAUAUUAGAUUACUGUUUAAAAAAAAAAAUAUGUAUACAUUAUAUAACAACAGUAAUCUCUAUAUUCGUGUCAUCAAUGUUAUCAUUCUCCAACGUACAUUAUCAUCUUAUGAAAAGCAAGUUGCAGAAAUAGCUACAUAUAAAUUAUAUUAUAAAGAUAUUUUUUAAAUCUUCAUUAUGCAUUUCUGCAUAUAUCAUUAUGUUAUAUGACAUGAUUUGUAUCUUUGCUAUAAUGUAAAUCAUUAACACUGCCACUUUUUUUGGCAAAGUAGAGAUUGAGUAAUUGAUUUAUAGACUCAACUAACGUCUAAUAGUUAAUUUUUUUCUACAUAGUGAGGAAAAACAUUUAUAAAUGACAAGAGAGAAACAGAAUUUUCCUCAAAGAUUAAAUUUUCAUGUUAAACAUUUUUACUCUUUCUGCAAAAUUUAUCAUGGAUUUCAAGAUGAUAAUAAAGUUGCUCACUUAUACUUUUCAUAAUGACGAGUAUUUUAUAAAUUACACUUUGGCUGUGCCAUAAAAGAGAUUUGAAGAUAUUUUUUGAUCUAAUUUCCUUUUAUUUUAUUGAAUACAAACAUUGUAAGUAACUUCUUUCGCAUAAAAUAUAUGUUAAAUGUAAAUAUUAGACUCUUUGUACAAGUAUAGAAAAAGAAUAUAGAACAUUAUAUAAACAAUUUUGUUAGAACUACUUAUCCGAGUAGAGUACAAAUAUAUAAAUUGAUCUCCAUUGACGUUAGUAUACUGUUGUAAACCCAAUAUGAUGUAUAUUGUGUAUAUGUUAAAUAUAUUGUAUAUUGUUUACACAAAA